AUGGAAAAGCAACCACAAUUGGAGAAGGAAGUGGCUAAACCUCACACUCCUCCUCUGCUAUACCCUCAGAGGCUAAAAAAGGAGCUCAAAGAUCAACAAUUUCUUAAGUUCUUAGAGGUCUUCAAGAAGCUGGAAAUCAAUCUCCCACUUGCUGAAGCAUUGGAGCAAAUGCCUUUAUAUGCAAAAUUUCCUAAAGAACUCAUUAAUAAGAAGAGAAGUUGGAAUGAAAAGGAGACAGUGAUUCUGACACAAGAGUGUAGUGCAGUAAUUCAAAAAGGUCUCCCACCAAAACUCAAAGAUCUUGGGAGUUUCAUCAUAUCAUGCACCACAGGCAAUAAGACUUUGGAAAAAGCUCUCUGUGAUCUAGGUGCCAGCAUGAAUUUGAUGCCUCUCUCACUAAUGAAAAAGCUUGCCAUAGAAGAAGUGAAGCCUACAAGAAUGUCUUUGCAACUAGCCGAUAAGUCACUUAUCAGACCCAAUGGAGUAGUAGAGACUCUCCUUGUUAAGGUACCACCACCCUCUGGUGAUGAAGGAUUAGCACCACCACCAAGUCCAACAAGUCAGACACGGCGGCUCCGGUUACCAUCAUCAAGUCGGACAUAA